CAGGCGUUUAUGGACGUGUGCAGGGCGGAGACCCAGCAGCACGCUUUGAUUCCUUUCACGGGCUGUUUGUGUGAACAGAAGCAAACAAGUUGUACUUUGAGUCGACGGGGGGACUGCUGCUGAUCGGAAGAAAAACAGAUGUGACAAGCUUCCAAGUGUCAAACAGAAGAGGUUUCCUGUAAAACAUAUUGAUGAUCUGUGGAAAAGCUACUUUGGGAUUUGCACAUUGAACAGCACAAACAUGUACCAAGUGGUGCCAGGUGGAGCGGGGGGCACAAUUACAGAUGUUAUCCCCAAGCAGAAACUCAGCAAGGACACUCGACCCUUAGUUGGAGCUGGAGUAAUCGGGCUAGUGCUGGUGAUUGCAGCUGUGACUGCGUGGUGUUACUACAUAGCCUCUUUACGCAAAGCGGAACUGCUUAAGACUGAGCUGCUGGAUCUGAAUAAAGAUGGCUACAUCAUCCGAAACCAGGGAGGGUCUAUCGUUUUCAGAAUGGAUUUCAGGUCAGGAACCCUUGAUUUAGACUCCUGCUCUAAAGAAGGUGAGAUUCUGAGCUGCGUCCGCACCACAGACAGAAAACUGAUUUUUUUCAUUGAGACAGUACGGCCCAAGGAUACUGUCCAAUGCUACCGUGUGCGCUGGGAGGAAGUGGUUCCUGAUAUUCCCGUAGAGCAUGCAAUGACAUACAAGUUUGCACACUGGUAUGGAGGCGCAGUGUCAGCAGUUCAACACUGGCCUAUUUCUAUUUCUGGCCAACAGGCUCCAAAACCAUUUGUUACUAGUGACAUCUACUCAAAUCGUGAUGAGUUUGGUGGAAUUUUAGAGAGUUACUGGAUUUCAUCUAAUGCCACUGCCAUCAAGAUCAAUAACUCUGUGCCCUUCCAUUUGGGUUGGAAUGACACAGAGAAGACCAUGUACUUCCAAGCACGGUAUAAUGAUAGUUCCUUUAAGCCAAACCCAGGGGAGAUGCCAUGUGCGGAACUUAGCUACAGAGUUUGUGUGGGAUCGGAUGUAACAUCCAUACACAAGUACAUGGUCCGCAGAUACUUCAACAAGCCAAACAAAGUGCCUGCCGAAGUUAUGUUUCGCCAUCCCAGUUGGUCAACAUGGGCAUUACAUAAAACUGACAUUGACCAAGAAAAGCUUUUGACAUAUGCUGCGAACAUUCGCAAGUAUAACUUCAAUUGUAGCCAAAUGGAACUGGAUGAUGGCUAUUCCCGCCACUAUGGGGACUUUGAGUUUGACCCAGUUAAGUUCCCCAAUGCCUCUGCUAUGUUUCAUAAGCUGAAGUCAGAUGAUUUUAUGGUGUCUCUCUGGAUUCACCCUUUUGUUAAUCAUGAUUCAGAAAACUUCCAUACCUGUGUGGAGAGGGGAUUGUUUGUCCGAGAACCUACAGGCCAACUGUCAGCCUUAGUGCGUUGGUGGAAUGGCAUUGGUGGCAUCUUGGAUUUCACAAACCCUGAAACCCGUGAUUGGUUUGCCUCCCAGUUACGUUCACUGCGAUCCAGGUAUGGGGUGUCCUCUUUUAAAUUUGAGGCAGGAGAGGCUAACUACUUACCAUGGAAAUUUAAGACUUUGGAAUCCAUUCGGGACCCGAGUAUUUUCACAAGACGUUACACAGAAAUGGCAAGCCUGUACAAUGACAGAGCUGAGGCGCGCAGUGGUUACCAGUCCCAGAACAUAUCCUGCUUUUUCAGACCAAUUGACAGAGACUCAGUUUGGGGGUAUGAGUUGGGUCUCAAAUCUGUUAUUCCUGCAGUGCUUACCAUCAGCAUUCUGGGCUACCAGUUCAUUUUACCAGAUAUGAUUGGAGGGAAUGCGCAUGUGAACCGCACAUAUGGAAAUCGUGGAUUACCUGACCGAGAACUUUAUAUCCGCUGGUUGGAGCUAUCAGCCUUCAUGCCCUCUAUGCAGUUUUCUAUUCCACCGUGGGAGUACGGCGAUGAUGUAGUUGAAAUUGCUCGGAAAUACACCGCCCUCCAUGAAAGUCUUGUGGCACCAAGGGUCCUGGAGCUGGCCAGCGAGGUGCUGAGCACUGGGGACCCAAUCAUACGACCAGUGUGGUGGAUUGCCACAGGUGAUGAGACAGCCUAUAAAAUUGACUCCCAGUUCCUGAUUGGGGAUGACCUCAUGGUAGCCCCAGUUUUAGAGCCUGGAAAGCAAGAGAGAGACAUCUACCUCCCAGCUGGCCAUUGGAGAAGCUACAAGGGGGAGAGAUUUGAUAUCAAGGAACCAUUGCACCUCACAGACUAUCCUGUAGACCUGGAUGAAAUUGCCUAUUUUCUUUGGGUGUAGCAGGAGGUAAAUAACAGUCUUGAUUAUUUUACGCUCCGAUUUGCUUGUGGGACAAGCUUCACAAGUCCUUUUAUCGAUGGAUGGGUGGAUGGAUGUUAUAUGGACAGAUUUGUGGGGGAAAAA